AUGGCACCUCAGGAGCAAGGCCACAAGGAUACGAUGAUGAGCCAACAACAAGAGCAACAGCAUGAGCAACUAGAAGAUGCAGAACAAGACACUGCUGAUGAAAAGUCGCUGUCAGAGUGCUGUUCAGCGCAAGACUUAUUCCGAUACAUAGAUAGUCAACAUUCCACCCUAAAUUCUCAGAUCGAAGACUGUGAAUUGAAACGGAAGGAAGUUGUUCGAGAAAUGGCGCAGCAUAUGCUGUCCUUUGAAAAUGCGUCUGAUGACGAUGACUCAGAUGCCGUCUUUCAACGGCAUACCGAGCUCACCAUGCAGCUCUCAGGUCUUCAAAGGGAACUGAAUAAGCUGAAGAAAAACUUGGAAUCGGUCCAAAUGUUGUCCGACAAACGCAACGAUGUUGAAGCAACCAUGCGAAGAAGGUACGAGGUCAUCGAAAGCGGUGGGUCUAGUAGCUUUAGCAUUGAAGAACUGCGCCAGAUUAUCGAAAGUCAGGCUUCAGCAACAUUAGAAGUUGAAAUUCUGAAUGAAGAACGAAACAUUUUAGAAGUUCAACUGAAAGAAUCCCAAAAACAAACCGAACGACUGCAGAUGCAGUGCUCCGAAAAGGACGAGCGGAUAAAGGUGCUCAAGCAACAAAAUGAAUCUUAUCAGAAUGAACUUGGUCAUCAGCAGUCCGAGUCUACGGUCUCAUCUCAGGUCUCUACAAAUGAAAUGACACAAAUUUCGAACCUCCGAUCGAACCUUCAGUAUCAAAAUGAGUACAUACGGAGACGGCUUCGAACCAGCACCUUUGCACAACGAUCUCACACUCCUCCAAAGACUGUCCAGAUUUCUAGAACCAGCGAGCGAUCGACGCCUCUUCAGAAAAAUCCAACUGCUGCGAAGCUUAGUAGUGACGAUCACAAGAAUAGGGAACAGCUGAAUCAGCUUGCCAGGGACAUUCAGGGCAACCUAAGAGGAGACAAAAAUGUCAGUGAAGAAGAUAUCAAGCGGAAAGAAGAGGAAAAGAAGUUGCGUAAGCAGCAACAGCAUCUGCGCGAUGAGGCCAUGAAGGAAAAGGAGAGAUCUCUUCGAGAGCAGAGAUUGAAGCGUGAAGCUUCCGAAGAGGAGGAGCGACUACGAAUCGAACAACAGAAAGAAAGACAGAAGCAACAACGCGAACGUUGGGUGCAAGAUGAAACCGCCAAGGAGGAAGAAAGGAGAAUUCGUGAAAUGCAAGAACAGCAGCAAGCGGCAAUGCAUGCACACGAUGCCGUCACAAAUGAAAAAGGCUCCGCCCGAGCGGCACGAUCACUACUCCCACCGAUACCUGAAACAGAAAUAAACCGAAGGGCCUCUCUAGAAGUCACCAAUUACCAACGUCAAUCUCGAAGGCAAGCUGCUCGAAUGAUGAACAGGUCGGCACUGUCCCCAACACCCAGUACAUCAUCAACCUUAUCUCGAGCUUCCGUUCAAACCUCUCAAUCCUCCGAAAAAAGUGCUGAAUCAGCCUUUCGCAGCAUGGCGAAAUCGGCUAACGGAGUCACGCCGGGAGUAAUGCGAAUGGCAGCCAACGGUCAAUUGCAAUCUGACAGUGAUGACAGUUUUACGAGUUUUGAUGAGGACGAGGAAAUUGAAGAUAUUGCAUCCGAAAAAGCUGAAUCCUUACAAUCAGAAUCUCACAGCAAAGCCUCCGAAAAGGAUAGAUCCAUGCACAGCUUGGCACGGUCGGCCCAUGGAGGCAUGCCGGGCGCCAUGCGAAUGGCAUCCAAUGGUCAAUCUCAAUCCGAAAGUGAUGAUAGUGAUGACAAUAGUUUCGAAGACGAUGGCAGUGACUUUGCAAUCACGGCACCAGAGCCUAGCGGUAGUUUUACGGUGACCGCUACUUUGGUCCGGGAAUCGUCCUUUGUCAUGUCGGAGCGAGAGCGUCUCUUUCAAGAACGAGAACGGGAAUUGGAACAACGAGAAGCGGAGAUUGCGAAACAAGCCCGAAGCAUGCAGAGUCUUACUGCUCCGGUUGAAGUGAUUCCAGCUGCCACUGCUGUUGCAACGGUCUCUCGUACAGGAUCUUUGCGCAGUCUUUCAUCCUCGUCAGGCGGGAGGGCGCAGCAGAGUUUAUCCAAAUCAAGUCUUUGGCAAUCCAGCCGAACAAUGGGCGAAGAUGGCGUUCUGCCAGAACUCGACGAGGGACCCAUGCGAUUUCACCCCCUCAAUGAAAGGUCAUUGCGUAACCAAUUUUUGGAUAUCUCUGACAAGGAUUACGAAUGCUAUCAAAAACUUCAGACUCGAUGGGAAAAGAAACGAAAGGACAAGGGCGGUGCUCCUUAUUCGGAAACAAUGAUUCUUCGAUUCCUUCGAAAUACUUGUCGGAAAGAUGGGUCUUUCAAUUUGAGCAAGGCAUGGAAGGCUAUGAAGAAGACAAAAGAGAGAAACUUAUUUCUCUCAGCUAACAAGUUGGAAAAGCAGCUCUUGACGGCAACUCUCUUUCCAGUUCCUGGACUCUUAUCAAAUGCUGGGUUUGAAAUGUUUUACAUGAAACCUUGUCGAUUUCAUCGGAAAGACAGUGUCAAAGAUGUCAUCAACAACUUGGUCUAUGUUAUCAAUUGCAUGGCGGAGAAGGAAGGAAAUGCUAAAAACGGAAUUGGUUUCAUCGCCUGCAUGAAUGACUGGAAAAUGUCGAAUUUCGAAGUAAAUUACUGUUAUCAAUUCAUGAUGGUUCUUCAGGCCGUGGUCGUUCCUGUGGCAGUUGAGCUAUUCUUGAUUGUGAAUCCGCCUUCUUGGUUUGGGGGUAUUUGGAAAAUAAUGAAGCCCAUGCUGGCCCCAUCGUUUCGAAAAAAGGUCAAGGUUAUCAAGGAACCCAUGCUCGACAACUAUCUUAUGGAAGGCUACCAACAAUACCUACCAGAUGAUCUCGCCACCGGCACAGUGGACACGUUUCAGCUGGCUCAAGACUUUGUUACCUAUCUUCCACCAGAAGUGACCUCUCGCGACCGAACGGUCUCCGAAGCCUUCAAAAUACCAGCUUUAGGACUGCAUCUACUGAUAGUGACGGGCAAUUUGGUUCCAUGUAUGAGUCAUCCUCUCACGAAAUUGAAAACGACGACGACGAUGCUUCCAUUCAUUGCAGUAUCGACGGUGAUUCGAUGGACCUGA